AUGCCCCCGUGGAUCGCACACCGGAACACCCCUUACAACAUAGGAUGCACCGCCAUUGGGCCCCUGGGUCAGCCCUUUUGGGAACCCGAGGUUGAACGGCCACGACGUAGUCCCAGUCGAGUGGACCAGAUCUACGUCCUCGAAACACCCCCACCAGCUCGGCCCGUUUCAGAAACCCUGAACGUGGCCCUGCUGCGUGCCUUGGCCGCAGACUAG